AUGUCUGCUCCAACUCCAGCCGAAGUGGCUACCGCAAUUUUACAUCUGCAAGCCGGAAAAUACUUCCAGAUUGCGGGUUAUGUCAUGUUAUUGUAUGAUCAUUGCAUCACCUUCGGUGAAGAGGUCGAACGAGUCUGGAAGCGCGAUAUUAGUGGCGCAAGUAUACUGUUUCUUCUCAAUCGAUACCUUACACCGUUACAAUUUGCAUUCAUCAUCGAUGCGUUCAACAACCCCGGGUGUUGCAAUCGGAUUGUUUCGUUCGAAGGCUACACUACAGUUGGUCUCGUCGCAGUUUGCGAACUUGUCAUGAUACUUCGUGUUUUCGCAUUAUAUGGCCGCAACUACUGGAUCCUUGGCUUCCUUAUGGUGGUCUUGGCUGUCCAGAUCAUCAUAUCGUCUUACGGGCUUUCUUUUGGGCUGCGUGCCCCCCUGCCUCCCGGACUUAUCGGUUGCAUAUUUACCGGUCCACCCGAUAAACCUAUAUUUCCGGGAGUUUGGUAUGCCCCCGCCGCAACAGAUUUCAUCAUCUUCAGUCUCACCCUAUAUCGGACCAUGAAAUUCAUCAGGGACUCAAGUUCAACCACUCCGUUGAUAACUCAGUUCGCCCGCGACGGUAUCCUAUACUUCGCUGUCAUUUUCACGGCCAACAUGGUCAAUGUCAUAAUAUACCAGACAGCUGUGGCGGACCUUAAAGCGAUCGGUGCAUCGUUCAGCCAAAUGAUCACCUCCGUCAUGAUAUCACGACUUGUUUUGAAUCUCCGAGGUGUAGGGGAGAGCUUGGUUGAUGGUGUGGGACCCGGGGAGCAACCAAGGUCGCUCCCGAAUCUUGCUUUUGGUCAGCCGCCAGCCGACAUCAUGUCAAGAACCAUAGGAAAUCUAGGGGAGGAGUUCAGGACCUGGAAGGAGGACAUUUCCCCGAGUUCCUCUCUGGCAACUAAUGGUGGAACGCUUGUAGGGGUGAACCGCCACGAUGCGCUCGAGAUGCAGGUAUUGCCCGAGGGGAGACGGUUUUAA